UGUUUGAGUUUAGGUCGGAGAACGGAAAUUGUUCGAGAAUUUGAGUUUGAAUUUGGAGGAGGUAAUAACAGUCACGGAUCCGGCUGUUGUCAUCCUGUUGAAGAGAAACACGCUCAUGUACACGUAGUAAUGUUUGCCAAUCAGUAGAAAAAUUGUGCGCAAUGCAAGGUUGACUCCAAGGAAAAAGAUACCGGGAGAAAACCCUCACGGACGGAGGAAACACGAGAGCUCAGUACAUGUAUAGCACCGCUUGGGAAGUGAGAGUUUCAUAAUUCAUUAAUUCACCAUCUUGCUUAACUCGUUGUGACCUGACAUCAGAGAUCAUCAAUGACUUACUGUGAUAACCAAGAAGCAACCCAUUCGAGCUUCAAUCUCCACAACAACAAUCCCGAUCCCCGUGCAACUCACGCACGCCUCCUAAAAUCCACCGCAACAGACAUUUCACUAUUCAACAACCUCAUAACACAAUACUUCAAAUCCAACCUCUCUUCCUACGCUCUCUCCCUCUUCACCCGAAUCCCCUCUCCCAACGUCGUCACAUGGACCGCACUCAUCACCGCACAUUCCAACUCUCUCCAUUCCCUCCACCACUUCCUCUCCAUGCUUCGCCAUUCCACCCUCCCCAACCACCGAACCAUCGCCUCUCUUUUCGCCACCUGCGCCUCUCUUUCUUCCAUCUCCUUUGGUCUUUCCCUACAUUCCCUCUCCCUUAAACUAGCACUCUCUCACCACCCUUUCCCCGCUUCAUCUCUCCUCACUUUUUACUCCAAGUGCCGACUUCCCAGUCACGCACUCAAAGUGUUCGACGAAACUCCCCACAGAGAUAAUGUAUCUUAUUCUGCUAUCAUUGUUGCUCUCGCUCAGAAUUUUCGGUUUUCGGAUGCUCUUUUUCUCUUUGCUGAUAUGAGAUGUCAGGGUUUUGAUUCUACUGUACAUAGCGUUUCCGGGGCUCUACGUGCUUCUGCUCAGCUUGCUGCAUUGGAGCAGUGUAGGAUUAUUCAUGCACAUGCUGUUGUUGCUGGUCUUAAUUCAAAUGUUGUGGUUGGCACUUCUCUUGUUGAUGGGUAUGGUAAAACGGGUCUUGUGAAUGAUGCAAGACGGGUUUUUGAGGAUAAUAUGUAUUGUAUGAAUGUUGUGGGUUGGAAUGCAAUGUUGGCUGGUUAUGCACUACAAGGGGAUUGUCAAUCUACUCUUGAAUUGUUUGAUUCUAUGAAAGGAUAUGGAUUUGUGCCGGACGAGUAUAGUUUUUUGGCGAUUUUAACAUCACUGUAUAAUGCUGGGAUGUUUAUGCAGAUCGAUGGGUGGUUGAAUAGGAUGAAAGUGGAUUAUGGUUUAGAACCAACUCUUGAGCAUUAUACAUGUUUGGUGGGGGGAGUGGCCCGUGUUGGACAAUUGGAGCGUGCAGAGAGGAUAGUAUCAACGAUGCCUUUUGAGCCAGAUGCUGCAGUUUGGCGAGCUUUGCUAUCUGCUUGUGCAUACCAUGGUGCUGUUGAUAAAGCUCGGGUUAUGGCUAGGAGGGUAUUGGAGCUAGAGCCUCAUGAUGAUUCUGCUUUUGUUAUUGUUGCUAAUGUGCUAUCGGCUGCUGGAAGGUGGGAUGAUGUUGCAGAGUUGAGGAAAAUGAUGAAAGAUAGGAGGGUGAAGAAGAAAGGAGGGAGGAGUUGGAUUGAGGUGCAAGGGAAAGUUCAUGUUUUUAUGGCAGGGGACUGGAAGCAUGAGAGAUCAGUGGAGAUUUAUCAGAAGUUGGAAGAGCUGAUGGGGGAUAUUGAGAAGUUAGGAUACGUUCCAGUUUGGGAUGAGUUGUUGCAUAAUGUCGGGGAAGAAAAGAACAAAGAAGCUCUUUGGUAUCACAGUGAGAAGUUGGCGGUUGCGUUUGGAGUAUUGUGUGGAUCUAUACCACCUGGUAAAGCAUUAAGGAUUGUGAAGAAUUUGAGGAUUUGUAGAGAUUGCCACGAGGCUUUUAAGUAUAUGACUAGAGUUUUAGAAAGGGAAAUUAUUGUGAGGGAUGUCAACAGAUACCACAGAUUUGUUAAUGGUGACUGUACUUGUGGAGAUAUAUGGUAGUAUGUACUACUAAUGAAUUAAGAUAUAUCAUCACGAUCACUUUUCUAGCGAUAGUCUCGAGGCUCAAAUAGGAGCAUAGGCGGCAGUGGCACUAUGCCCAAGCUACCCGAAAACUGAUGGUCGUACAACAUUCUCAAACUGAUCAGUUCUCAUCACUUGAAAUACUGCAUAAAGCAUGCAUCAAAUGCAGAAGGAUAUUCAGGGAGAGUGCAGUGGAUAAAGAUUACAUAUUGCUGAUAGUUCCAAACAAGAACUGCUUAGAAUUUUGCAGGGGCAAAGGUUGAUUAGACUUCCAAAGUGAAAUCAUGCCUUCAUCUGGCUGUAGCUUACAUUCAAGGAUGUGGAGAUUUCAACGCCUCCCUUGUCAGGGGCAACUGGAAGGGAAAUCCUUCUCUCAUCUGUGAUACAGUUGUUCAGUGUUCUUUCUUAAAAGACUUCAUCAUCGCCUCUAUUUGCAUUUUCAAAGCAUAUUAAAGCAUUCUCAUCUAUAGUGGCUGCCAAUAUUCUGUCUUUUAUUGAAGCAUUACCACACUGGGACCAUAAUAUAGAAAUUUCAGAAUGAGAAUAUUUAACCAAAAUGGCCCUAUUCUGAUUUAGGUUUGCUGUAAUCACAGUUUGGUUAUCAUUUCUACAAUCAAGUUUCGAAUACCACAAUCCAGAGCAAAAAGGAUUCCAUCCCGAAUGCCCGUGGCUUCUGCAACCCUAGCAUCUAUGUUGCCCUUCGAGUUUUUUGUUGCAAUGGCUAUGACAGAUCCUUUAUCAUCUCUCAUAAUGAAACCAAAUCCUCUGGAAGCAUUCAUUUGAGAUCGUUUCACCUGUGUUGUGCCUUGAAAAUGACAGAGAAAGGGGCUUCCAGCACGAAGGAGAAGAUCGGUUCUACGAGCGCUGCUAGAAAGGAAAUUUGAAUAAUAAGAAAAGCAACAACUAUGGUAGAAUUCCCAAAGAACUUGGAUAGCUUGCUUUGUAGUCUUCUCAACAGAGCUUUGCAUGAGAAAGAUGACGACCACCAGAUUGAUGUAAAACUAAAUAUGCAGGUUAAGAACUAAAUAUGCAGAGCUUUAACUUUUGUGUUUACUCUCCUUAUUAGCAUCAUAACUGCCACCAGAAAGCAGGUUAAAAACUUGAAACUUUUGCUCACUGAUAUAUGCAUUAGCUAACUCUACCUUUUGUUGAAAUUUCAUUUAAGUUAAAAGAACAGUGCCAAGGAUCAAGCUCCUCCUAGCUACUUUGUCAUAAGAGCUCUUAUUGUUUCAUUUGCUAAUAAUCAAAUAUCUUAAGCUAAAUGCUAUGUGUGCCAAAGAAAAUGUUUCUGAACUCUUCUGAGAGUUACUGACAGAGACUUGUCCGAUUAUGAGAGUUCAUAUUUUGUUCAAGAACUUUAUUCAUCAUUAAGCUUACCAUGUGAUAACAUUCAUCAAACAACUUCUGAACAUUCUCAUAGUUACCCGUUAAGAAUUAUGUUGCAACAACUUCUUUUGUUUUGCUGCCACAACUGUGACAAGCCCGUGAAUUCACCCAUCUAUUCAAUGAGGGCAAGAGAAAAAUUUUAAUGAAUAAAAGCAUUAAAAAAAGAGCACUUUGGUGUUUUUAUGCGGGGGAGAGAGAAACAAAUUCGUUGCCCUAUUUAGACCACUUGGUUCUGCUCAUAAAUUCGUCUUUUGUUUUUGGUGUUGCAAAAAAUUUUAUCUGGCAAAAUAAGAGGCUUUGAUGAAAUGUUGAGGAGAAGACAGAACAAUGCCACUGUUAGGGACCUCUGCUCCAUGAAUCCAGUGUUUUAUUUUUGAAUUCGAAGGAAUUUAGGAAGGUUUGAAAACCCCGCAAUCUAAAGCAUGUUUUUGGAGUCAAGCAUGAUACUGACUUUAAAUGACGUUAGAGACCAAAUAGACGGUAGAGACCAAAAUUGUAGACGAAAAACUUUAGGAGGACCAUUUUUUGAAAGAAAUUUUUAUAGGGACUAAAAUUGAAUGUUGGGCUAUUUAUGAGGAUCCCAUUAACCCAAAAAAUUAUUAAUUUUUGAGACCUCUUCUAAAUUUUGAGGUCUAUAUUUUUGAGAUUUUGUCUUGGCCCCCUACCUCUCUAACUCAUGUUUCUCAUGCAUUUUUAUCGCAUAUUUUGAAAAUUUUGAUUAAAAUGCAUGCAUUUCUACCAGUUAUGUUUAAAAGUCUGAUAAAGGCGCAUAUAGACAUACCAAAUUUUUCAAACAAAAAAAAACAGUAGAAGAAAAAUGUUUAGAUGGUUAAGUAGAUAUUUUAAAAAUACGGGAAAGCCAAGUUAUUCAGUAGUUCAUAUUUCCCCGUUUCUUUUGCAGUGAGGUCCAGGGGAAAGGACUGAACAAUUGCUUCUAGGCAGCUUGAUAGAACUGUAUAGAGGAUUCGUGCGAGGACAGAUGACCUCGAGGAUGCGCAUAUCCAGGCGGGUAAAGUAGUUAUAACCGAUUCUCAUAGGAGGCAGAUGGAUGAGGAGGCUCACACACUCUGUUGUAUCUGACAUAGAGGAGAUAUGGCUGAUGGAUUAGCCAGGGAUCUUAAUGAUGAGCUUGAUGACGUGGUUCCUGACGAUGUCUAGACAGUAGCCGAGGAGGUGGAGGGUUAGGAUGACAGGCAAAUGGUGACCUAGACAGAGGUGACUCAUCAUACUGAGACGAAAGCUUUGAUUGAUAUGAAGGUGACUCAGGCUGAUACCUAGAUGACUCCUCUAGCGAAUACAGAGGUUAUUGCUCCGGCGAAUACAAAGACGACCAGGGACGGAUAAAUGGAAAAGUAUUUUAAAAGAAAAUCAACAUUAGAGUCUCAACAAGUUAAUGAAGUGGAGGUAUUUCAUCAAGUGAUUGAUGGACAACUUCAAGAGUUGAAUAAUAGAUUUACAGAGGUUAAUAGUGAAUUGCUUAUUUGUGUAGCAAGUUUAAGUCCACGGGAUUCAUUUUAUGCAUUUGAUAAGGAAAAAUUGAUUAAGUUUGCUCAAUUUUAUCCAUCUGAAUUUUCUCCAAUAGAGCUCAUGGGACUCGACAAUCAACUUGAAAAUUAUAUCAUGGAUGUUUGUUCUAGUGAACAAUUUUCUAAUUUACAUGGAAUUAGUGAUCUUUCAAGAAUGAUGGUGGAGACUAAAAAACACAUUGCUUAUCCAAUGGUGUAUUUACUUCUGAAGUUGGCGUUACUUUUGCCUGUGGCUAUAACAGUUGAAAGAAGUUUCUCAGCUAUGAAUUUUGUGAAGAAUCAACUGGGCAAUCGGAUGGGGGAUGAAUUUUUGAAUGAUUGCUUGGUAACAUACAUAAAAAGUGAUAUAUUUGAUGGUGUUGAAAAUGAAAUUUUUUUACAACACUUUCAAAAUAUGAAGACACGUAGAGAACAAUUAUAAUUCUUGAAUAUUAAGUUGUCUUCAAUUUUUCUGAUACAUUAAUAUUUUAUUUUGUAAUAUUUAACUUUUUAGAUAUACAUUAUCAUCAUUUUACACAUAAGUAUUUAUAUGUUUUUUAUAAAUAUUUAUAUUAUUUAAUUUUAAUUUUUUAUAAAAAAAUUAACCUUGACACCACUUAUUAAAACUUCUGAAUCCGUCCCCGGAGGCGACUUACUUAUGAUAUCGAUGUUACUCCUCCCACUGAUACAUAGACAACUGCUUAUGUUAUUUUUUU